CAAGCAGCUAGCUAGAGGUCCGGUCCCGUGCCGUCCCCCGCGGGGCGGCCCCGGGACUGAGCCGCCGCCGCCCUUGCGCCGCUCUAAUGUUUAACUAGGCGCUGGGGAGCCGGGAGUUCGCCGCCUGUGCCAGAGAGGAAGACGCUUCGCUUCUUCUGUCGCUCGCAGGCGCACAGGGAGGAUCCGCUUCCCGCAGCUCCCAGUUAUGAAGACAGUAGUGAAGUAUCUGUUGGGAUUGCUUGCAAUUGCAGUGAUUGUUAUUGCCAUAGCUGUUCCUGUAGCUUUACUGACAAAAAGUACCACGUCUGACCCGCAUAGAACAUUUACCUUACAGGAUUAUUUAGAUGGUGACAUUAGAUACAAAACAUAUAAUUUACAAUGGAUUUCAGGAAAUCAAUACCUGCACAAAACCGCUGACAACGACAUUGUGCGUGUAAAUGCUGAGGAUCAAGCAAUCUCAGAAGUUCUGAAAAAUAGCACAUUAGCCACAUAUGGAGCAACCACAGCUAUAUUAUCUCCUGACCAAAAAUUUGCUCUUCUUCAAUACAACUAUGUGAAGCUCUGGAGGCAUUCAUACACGGCUUCAUACCACAUCUAUGAUUUAAAUUCAAGUUCCUUAGUAACUGAUAAUCUACUGCCUAAUGAUACCCAGUACAUAUCCUGGUCACCUGUUGGUCACAAACUGGCAUAUGUUUGGAAUAAUAACAUUUACAUCAAAGAAUCACCAGGUGUGUCAAGUGUGCAGAUCACCUCAAAUGGAGAAGAAAAUAAAAUUUUUAAUGGAAUAGCUGACUGGGUGUAUGAAGAGGAAAUGUUCGGCACCCAUUCUGCUCUGUGGUGGUCUCCAAAUGCCAGUUUUCUAGCAUAUGCAGAGUUUAAUGAUUCAGAAGUUCCUGUUAUGGAGUAUUCCUUUUAUGCAGAAGACACGCUGCAGUAUCCAAAGACCAUUAGACUCCCAUAUCCCAAGGCAGGAGCUGCAAAUCCUACUGUAAGAUUAUUUGUUGUGAAUACCCAAUCUCUUCCCACUGUGAAUUCCAGUGAAAUUAUUGCGCCAGCUAGUAUAAUAUCAGGGGAUCACUAUUUGAGUGUUGUAACAUGGGUAACAGACGAAAGGCUCUGUCUGCAGUGGCUCAGAAGGAUUCAGAAUUUUUCAGUCCUUGUGAUCUGUGACUUUACAAGAGAGGAUGGAAUGUGGCAAUGUCCAGAGGGCCAACAACAUACAGAAGAAAGUAAAACUGGCUGGAUCGGCACAUUUCAGCCUUCUGACCCUUACUUUGCAUCUGAUAAUAUUAGCUACUACAAAAUUUUAAGCAAUACAGAGGGCUUCAAACACAUUCACUAUAUCAACAGCACAGGGAGCAAAAUACCUAUUACACAUGGAAAUUGGGAAGUAAUCAGCAUAGAAGCUGUAACCAAUGACUUUAUAUACUACAUCAGUAAUGAAUUUGGUGGAAAGCCAGGAGGAAGAAACCUUUAUAAAGUGUCGGUUGGAAAUGGUCCUACCACACCUAAGUGCUUGAGCUGUGAUCUGGACAAAGACAGAUGUCAGUAUUAUUCUGCAUCCUUCAGCAAUGAUGCACAGUAUUAUCUGCUGAAUUGUUAUGGUCCCGGCCUGCCCACUUCUAUGCUGUCCAGAAGUAGUGACGAUCAUGUCAUCAGAAUUCUGGAAAACAACACAGACUUGGACAGUAUGUUGAAGGAUAUUCAAAUGCCUUCCAAAAAAGUUGACACCAUUAGUCUGAAUGGAUACACAUUGUGGUAUCAGAUGAUCUUACCUCCCCAUUUUGAUUCAUUGAAGAAGUACCCUCUGCUCCUUGAUGUCUAUGCAGGACCCUGCAGUCAGAAAGCAGAUUAUGCCUUCCGUAUCAAUUGGGCUACAUACCUUGCAAGCACAGAACAAAUCAUUGUGGCUAGCUUUGAUGGCAGAGGAAGUGGCUACCAAGGAGAUGAAAUUAUGCAUGCAAUAAAUCGAAGACUGGGAACAUAUGAAGUAGAGGAUCAAAUCUCAGCAGCUAGAAAAUUUUCUGAAAUGAACUUUGUCGAUAAGAACAGAAUAGCUAUUUGGGGCUGGUCUUAUGGGGGGUAUGUGACCUCCAUGGUGCUUGGAUCUGGAAGUAAAGUGUUCAAGUGUGGAAUAGCUGUAGCCCCAGUGUCACGCUGGCAAUAUUAUGAUUCAAUAUAUACAGAGCGUUACAUGGGUCUUCCUGUAGCAAGUGAUAAUCUGAAAAACUAUGAGAGUUCAACAGUCAUGGCCAAAGCUGAAAAUUUCAAAGAAGUUGAGUAUCUCCUUAUUCACGGAACAGCAGAUGAUAACGUUCACUUUCAGCAAGCAGCACAGAUCUCCAAAGCUCUUGUUGAUGCCGAGGUGGAUUUCCAAGCAAUGUGGUAUACGGACAAAGACCAUGGCAUUGGAGGACAGGCACACAACCAUAUUUACACCCAUAUGAGCCGUUUCAUAAAGCAGUGUUUCUCAUUGCCCUAGCACCAAAACAGCAUUUCAUACCAUACUGGGAUUUCUUUAUCACCUUGUUAAUAAUGGCACUUUUCCAGUAGAUUCUCUCAUCUAAACUUGCACUGAGCCAGUAUAACUAUUUUUGAGACCAUCUGAAAACUGUUAUUUAAACCUUUAAUGACCAUGUACACAUCAUGUCAAUUUUUAUGACAAAGAUGCGAUAGUUGCUUGGCAACAGAGAUUAUUUAAAUUUGUUUUAAAUCAGGUUUUAGCAGCACAAGAAUGUUUACAUGUCAUUCGCCAAAUUUCCUUUUUUAAAGUGUGGUGUUUCAAUCAAUACCUUUUCAUACUUGCUAAUUUCACUGUAAAAUGGAAAUGUACAUAUCUGGUCUACUUCUUGCUGAUAUUGAUAAAUUACUCACAUUUCACAGAGUUGUUAGCUGAAUAGAGGCAGAAGAUUGGGGGUCUGGAAUAGAAAGGAAGUGUACCGUAGAACAUUAUAACUAGGUUUGGCAGAAUUUGAUUUUUAUCAUUUAUCUAUUUAACCAUUUUUCUAUUUUUAU